AUGGACGAUUACACCGUAGCAACAUUAGCAUGGAAAGCCGCCGUUCCGUUUACACCCGACCUGCCGACCCAUCUGCAUAGCUCGAUCGGAUUCGCGUUAUUGGCCAGUGCAUUCGGGCUCGGGUUUUUAUUCACCACAUUACCCAAGACAGGCUUCCCAACAACCGAAUUGAUCCCCGCCCUAAUGGCCUCAUUACUCACUGGAUUCGGGGUGGUAUUCUUAUUCAAUGCAGCCGGUGUAUACGUUUAAUCCUUCCAAUCUUCCCCAUCCUCAAUCGUGCCCUUUUCUCUCCCCCCCUC